GCCGCCGCCGCCGAGACCAAGAUGGCUGGGAGACUGGCCGCCUUCCUCAAGAACGCCUGGGCCAAGGAGCCGGUGCUGGUCGCGUCCUUCACCAUUGCGGGCCUCGCUGUAAUUCUGCCCCCUCUGAGCCCCUAUACCAAGUAUUCCAUCAUGAUCAACCAGGUCACACCCUACACCUACCCAGUGCCCAUCCGGGACGAUGGGAACAUGCCCGAUGUGCCCAGCCACCCCCAGGAUCCCCAGGGCCGCAGCUUGGAGUGGCUGAAGAAACUGUGAGCAACCUCCAUUGACAGGGAGAGACCCCUCUCCUUGGAUCCCCAAUAAAAAUGUGAAAGCCAAC